UGGCUUUAGAAGCGGUUGCGUCGGCCAACCCUUCAUUAAAGACCACCCCCUCAUCCGCGAGGCCCCUUCCUCGUUACCGGUGGCUCCUCGUUAGCACCACCCUUGACGGCGGUUGCUCCAGCUUCGCCAACGGCCGCAGCACGGGGCUGGUCCUGGACAGCGGAGCCACCCACACCACCGCCAUCCCCGUGCACGACGGAUAUAUCCUCCAGCAGGGGAUCGUCAAGUCGCCCUUGGCCGGAGACUUCAUCUCCAUGCAGUGCCGGGAGCUCUUCCAGGAGAUGAACAUCGACAUCGUGCCGCCCUAUAUGAUAGCCAACAAGGAGCCGGUGCGCGAGGGCGCCCCCCCCAACUGGAAGAAGAAGGAGAAACUCCCGCAGGUGUCAAAGUCGUGGCACAACUUCACCUGUAACGAGGUGAUCCAGGACUUUCAAGCUUCAGUGCUGCAGGUCUCGGAUUCCCCCUAUGACGAGCAAGUGGCCGCUCAGAUGCCCACAGUUCAUUACGAGAUGCCCAACGGAUACAACACCGACUACGGCGCCGAACGGCUCCGCAUCCCCGAAGGGCUCUUCGACCCCUCCAACGUUAAGGGCCUUUCGGGGAACACAAUGUUGGGUGUUGGACACGUGGUCACCACCAGCAUCGGGAUGUGCGACAUCGACAUCCGACCGGGUCUCUACGGCAGUGUCAUCGUCACGGGGGGGAACACUUUGCUGCAGGGGUUCACCGAUCGCCUCAACCGAGAGCUCUCCCAAAAGACCCCCCCGAGCAUGCGCCUGAAGCUGAUCGCCAGCAACAGCACGAUGGAGCGACGCUUCAGCCCCUGGAUCGGGGGCUCCAUCCUCGCCUCCCUCGGCACCUUCCAGCAGAUGUGGAUUUCCAAGCAGGAAUACGAGGAAGGCGGCAAGCAAUGCGUGGAGCGAAAAUGCCCCUGAGAUGGGGCGGGAGAUCCUUCCCCAACCCCUUCAGAACCUGCCAUGACAGGAGGAAAGGCAAAAAAAAAAGCAAACAAACAAACAAAACUCAUUAAAAAACCCAAUAAA